AAGUGGAGUGGGCGGGAGCUUCCGAGGAGGGUUCAACAUGGCGGCGAGACGGCGGGCGCCCGUCACCGACUGACGGCUUUCCCCGCCUCCCCCACCGCCGCCUCUAGCGGCUAGGCCCGGCCCGGCCCGGCCCGUGUGUGAGCAGCAGCGAUGGACACCGGGCGUUAGUGUGAGCAAAACCCUGUCAACAUGACAACAGCAUCCACAUCUAAACCAUAUACAUCAUCUGAUAAUCCAUGCAGUAUAUCAGCAGAAAAGGUUGGCCAGAUAAGGCCAAAGGUGCCGCUGCUGACCAUUCUACAUGAAGCAGGUGCGUCCGGGGAAACCUUCACAUUGAAGGAGGUGAUGUAUUAUCUCGGUCAGUAUAUCAUGUUAAAGCAACUCUACGAUCAACAGCAGCAACACAUUGUGUAUUGUGGAAAUGAUGCACUUGGAAAAGUAUUUGGAGUCCAAAGUUUCUCUGUCAAAGAUCCAAGCCAGUUGUAUGACAUGCUUUCGAGGAACCUGAUAGCUGCCAACUUCCAAGAUGCUGCACAGACCUGCACACUUGUAAAGGAUACGAAAUGCCUGCCUAUGAGGGAAGACCAGCCGAAGUGUUCUGCAUCAGGGGAACGCGAAGAAGCACCGACUGCCUGGAACCAACCCACUUCCGCUACCUCACACUUAAAAAGGAAGAGCUCCGAAUCAGAUGAGUCUCUAACAGAUGAAAACCUUGAAGCUAAGAGGCUCAAAGCGGAUAAUGUUUCUGAUCUCUGGGACACUGCCGGACUGCCGUGGUGGUUCAUUAAAACCUUGCGCACCAAUUAUGGAAGCAUGAAAAGCGGAUCAACAGAUAUUCAUAGCAACCAGGAUAUAGACACCGCCAUUGUCUCUGACUCCACCGAUGACCUGUGGUUUCUCAAUGAACCAGCUGCUGACCAGGCCAACGUGGACGCCAUGUUGGACAAUACUGAGUUGAAAGGGAAAGAUGAUUAUGAGGGUGAGGUGGAGGAAGGCAAAGACACCGAUCACAAGGAGGUUAUUGGAGUUACAGUAUUUGAGGGGGUGAAGGACCCGCUGGGCUCGGAGGACGAUACUGACACUGAGGUAUCCGAAGAGGCCGACGACUCCCAAGAUUCAAAGGUCUCUUGGAAAUGCACCAAAUGUGGUCGGUGUAACCCCUCUCAGAAGCAGUACUGCCUCCAGUGCUGGGCUCUCCGUAAAGGCUGGCACCUCAAUUGCCCCAAGUUUGUACCUUGCGCUUCUGAACCCUCCAUUGUUGGUUUUGUGGAAACCGAGGAAGGUGAAGGGAUCGACGUUCCCGACUGCCGGCGCUCCAUCUCGGAGCCGCUGCCUCGGACCGAGGAAGCCAGACGCAAGGACAAGGGGAAGCACCCCCAGUGCCGCUCCUCCGGCUUCCCCCCGGGACGACGCCUGCAAGCCUCCACGUCGAGCACCAGCUUAGGCGGGAGUAAAGAGGAGCUGGGAUCUUCGGGUGAAGAAAUGAGGCUGAAAUCGGAGGGGUCCUUGCAGCAGCAGAGGAGCCGCUUGGGGCCCUGCAUUCUGUGCGGCCUGCGUCCCAGGACCGGUAAUAUAAUUCACGGGAAGACGGGACACCUCGUGGCGUGCUACGCCUGCGCCAAAACGCUGCACAAGCGCAAACUGCCCUGCCCUGUCUGUGUGCAGCCAAUCAGUACUGUCAUUAAAACCUUCGUAGGAUGAGCAUCUUGCUUGGAUAGAUUCCAGGAGGAGGUGUAGGACCCAACGUGAAGAUAACCACACUGCUUGCAGUCUCCCGGUGCAGAGCUACCCAGACCUGAAACAUCACCUGUCCACGUCCUCCAGAGAUGCUGCCUGUGUUCCGUGAGACAUGCAAUGUGUGUCUUAUCUCCGGUUUAAACCAGCAUCUGCAGUUCCUUCCUACGCAAACUCAGAUUCCAGAUCUCAGUGGCCAGCCUCCUGCGGAAGUAAUGAAAGAGACCCGUUCCUUCAGACAAGCUGCCUAUUUGGAUCAUUACCAGGCAGUGUUUUGCCAUGAACUAACUGCCCUGGUUUCUCAACCUAGCUUUUUAAAACAAACACUGCCGGGGGGGGGGGGGGGGGGGGGGGAGACAAGCACAUUGCCAAGCUCCUUUACGUAAAGACUUAAUUAACCGUGACACUCAACGGGAUAUGUGAUCGAAUUACCGAGACCAUCGGUUUGUUUUUGCUGCUUGAGUGGGUGACAUUUAACGUUCAUUUGCCAGUUCAGCCAAACUGCCACAGAGGUGAGAUGAAAGUCAAAGUAUUUUGAGGAUUUCACACGAUGGGAUGCUCACAACGUCGGAACUCAGUGAGGAAUUGACGGCGUUAUUUAUUUGCACAAUUUUUGGAGCAGUGUCCAGCUCUUUGUGAAUAGUACCGAUAUAAAAAAAGUUUGCCACAUUUUGUUUUUGUUUUUUAAAGUUCGGUUUGUUAAAUAUGUGCAAAAUAAUAAAGUUGGCUAGGGUGAUACUUGGAUUUCCGUUCAAAGAUAUAUAUAUAUAUAUAAUUAUACCUUCGCUUGAGACCCAAGAUAUUUUUCUCUCGCGCUGGCUAGAAGGAUCGUCUUGUUUAGGAUUGUACAUCUCGUUAAGUUAAGUGCCCCCAUCGUAUUCGUUAACUAACCAGUGUCAUCCAGAAUGGAGAAGACAUCGCUAUUGAAUUGUAAAAACACUAAUGUCGUAAUCAGUAUUAAGCUAUCAGUAGCGAGGGAAUUCCAUGUAUGUAAAGCUGCUUAGAAACAAGUGUGUUCAUAAGAGCAGAUUUAGGGUAUAGAAACAGAAAAACAGGUGCAGGAGUGGGCCAUUCAGCCCUUUGAGCCAGCACCAGCAUACGAUAUGACCAUGGCUGAUUGUCCAAAAUCAGUACCCCGUUUCUGCUUUCUCCCCAUAUCCCUCGAUUCCAUUAGCCCUAAGAGCUAAAUCUAACUCGCUAGAAAACAUCCAGAGAAUUGGCCUCCACUGCCUUCUGUGGCCGAGAAUUCCACAGAUUCACAACUCUCUGGAUGAAAAGGUUUUUCCUCAUCUCCGUCCUAAAUGGCCGACCCCUUAUUCUUAAACUGUGUGACCCAUUUGGCCCAUCAAGUCUACUCUGCCAAUUUAAUCGUGGCUGAUCUAUCUUUCCCUCUCGGUCCCAUUCUCCUGCCUUCUCCCCAUAACCCUUGACAACCCGCACUAAUCAAGAACCUGUCCAUCCCCACUGUGGCGAUGAAUUCCACAGAUUCACCACCCUCUGACUAAAGAAAUCCCCGCCAUCUCCUUUCUAAAGGUACGCCUUUCCAGUUUCCCUUCUGAGGCUGUGGCCUCUGGUCCAAGACUCUCCCACUAGUGGAAAUAUUCUCCCCACAUUCACUCUAUCCAGUGUGUGAAGAUACCAGUGCAUUUUAGUGCAAAAUCAUCACCAGUAAAGGGUCCGUCCCACUUACGCGAUUUUUUUCGGCAGGUGGCCGAAAAUUUUUAACGUGUUGAAAAUCCAGCGGUGACUGGAAAAAGGUACGACUCUGGGCGACUACUCACGACAAUACAGGCGUGUAAGUGGAACAGGACCUUAAGGGGCCUCUUUAUCCUGACAUUGUGAAGCCAGCAAACACUAUGAUGGCGGAGAUGCCACCAAAUGUAAUUCUGGUUUGCAAUGAAAAUUAAUGAUCUUAUUAUAUAUUUUGAACACAUAAGAAUUUGAGUUGAUGUCCCAGCAUAAGUGUUGGGAUUGUGCUAACACCGAAGGGAAUAUUGUCUCGUACAUCUUACAACGGAUGUGGAGCCAGUUCACAGUUUUAUCUGCGUUUUGACAUGGUAUUGAAAUAGCUUUGCGAAGAAUUAUUUUUGGAGAAUGAUAAAAGUCUGCACUGCCGUUGUGUCUGACAGUAGGGCCAGUGCAACAUCCUUCUCAUUACGCUCCCGGCCAAAACCUGUCACAUUUAAAUGUUCGAUUUACCUGCAAACAGUGCUAACCGUUCGAAUUCAGUGAAAGAAAAUGUACAGCUCAACGUUAAUAAAAUAUUUGACUAUUUAUUAUCAAA